AUGAGCGAGAAAGGCGACAUCAAGGAGAUUGACCGGCUCGACGACGACGAGGCCCGCCGCGAGGCCAUGGCCGCGGCUGCCAAGGAGGCCGCCGAGCGCGAGAAGGCCAUGCCGUUCAAGGAGGUGCUGCGGAUCUACUACCCCGGCGCGCUGUGGUCCAUGUUCCUGUCUACCGCGCUGAUUAUGGAGGGAUACGACAUGGGUAUUAUCAACGCGUUCUACGGCCAAGCGGCGUUCAAGAACCACUUUGGGCAGCUCGACUCCAAGGGCAAGAGGUUUGUGCCUGCCAACUGGCAGGCUGGACUCAACAACGGUGCCCAGGCGGGUCAGAUUAUCGGUCUCUUUAUCAACGGUUACUGCCAAGCGCGCUUCGGCUCCAAGAGGACCUACUCGUGCGCCAUGGUUCUCAUGGCUGCCGCCAUCUUCAUCCCCGUCUUCUCCAAGGACCUGCCUAUGCUUCUCGGCGGAGAGAUUGUCUGCGGUAUCCCUUGGGGUAUCUUCCAAACUCUGACGACCGCCUACGCUGCCGAAGUCUGCCCUGUGGCACUCCGCGGCUACCUCGCGUCGUUCGUCAACCUCUGCUGGGGCAUCGGCCUCUUCCUCGCUGUGGCCGUUAUCCGUGCAUGCCUUGUUCUCAACAACAACUGGGGCUGGCGCGUGCCUUACAUCGUUCAGUGGGCGUGGCCCCUGCCCCUGUUCAUCGGCUCGCUCUUCCUCCCUGAGAGCCCCCGCUGGCUCGUGUCCAAGGGACGUGUCGACGAAGCCAAGAACGUCAUCCGCCGCCUCGCCAUCAAGGGACACCACGACGAGGCAUCCCUCGACGCCCAGGUCGCCCUCAUCCAGCACACUGACGAGCUCGAGAAGCGCGCCUCCGCCGGCUCGGGCUACCGCGAUGCAUUCCGCGGCGUCAACCGCCGCCGUCUCGAAAUUACAAUGGUUACGUGGGCGAUCCAGUCGUGGUCCGGUAAAACCGUCGUGUCUUACGCCUCGUCCUUCCUUCAGACUGCCGGCAUGAGCCAGGCAAACGCAUUCAACCUGAACAUGGUCCAGAACACGAUGUACAUUAUCGGAACGCCGAUCUACUGGGUCCUGUCCUACCGCUGGGGCCGCAGGACGAUUUACAUGGCCGGAAUUGCCGCCAUCGGAUUGUGCCACUUGAUCGUCGGAACACUCGGCUUCACUCCCAAGACUUCCGGCAGCUCCUACGGCAUCGGCGUGAUCCUAGUGCUCCUCAAUCUCUCCUACAACUUAGGUACGAUUGUGGCGGAUAUGCCGGCCGCCCGUGUCCGCCCGCAGAGUAUCGCCCUCGCACGUGUCGCCUACAUCUGCUCGCAAAUCUGCGUGGCGCAGCUCGUGCCCCGCAUGCUGCAGGCACAGGCGUGGGGCUGGGGCGCGCGCGCGUGCAUGUUCUGGCUCGGCACCUGCACCAUCGCCUUCACGUACUGCUACUUCCGCCUCCCGGAGACCAAGGGCCGUACCUUCGGCGAGCUCAACAUUCUCUUCGAGAACAAGGUCCCCGCGCGCCAGUUCGCCAGCACCAAGGUCGACGAGUUUGCCGAGCUCGACGACAGCAGCGGCGUGCACACCGCCGACUCGUACACCUCCGAGACGGCGGAGAACGGGCGUGGCAAGCCUUAG